AGCUGCUCCUUUGGGCAAAGGCAUCAGCCGCUGCCUGGCUCUCCGAGGGAGAAAAAGUCCUCAGAGCAGCUGGCUCAGCAUUUCACUGACCAAGGAUAUGAGCAGAGAGAAGGAGGACCCUUUCAAGAUACUCAGAAUUUACGAUGAACCAGAAGAGACAAGGGGUAUGCCCGAAAUCUCUGGAAUUUGUUCUUUGCAUGCGCAAGAAAUACAGCACCACCUGGGCAGUCAUCACGGACUGUGCCAGGUCUUCCCACAUCCCGCAACAUCUCAGCUGGGCCCUGUUUAUCAAGAGUUGAGGACUAUGACCCAGCAGCAGUGGGACUUCUGGGCCCUAGAUACCUCUGAGCUCCAGGCCAUGUGGUUUUCAGAGGGGGAGAUAGGUAAAGCGGCCCCGGCUGGCGCAAGCCCGCCCCCAGAACCCGCGCUUGGCCAGCCCUGUUCUUCGUCCUCUACCGACAGUGAAGCCUGCGCGCUCCUCAGAGCGAUUCCUCCCAUUCCAGAUAAAGCAGUGGUCAAGCAGAGGACCCCACGGGGUGCCUGGAGGGUUGGCACACUCCGUCAUGGAAAGAAAGUCUCUGCCAUUGCCAUCAGUGGUUCAAGCCACCAUGUGUACACGUGUGGCCCUAGCUACAUCAGGGUGUGGGAUGAGAGUGCUCUGCACGCCUGGGACAGCGCCCCUCAGGCCCAGCUGGACUUGCAGAACCCUCAAAACUUCGUCUUCACCUGCAAGCUGUUCCCCGAUGAGCAGAGCCUGAUCACCGCGGGCAGGGCCCAGAACCUGACUGUCUGGGACUUGGCGCCCACGCCCCGGGUGCGCACUCAGCUGGCUUCUACGGGCACCAUGUGCUAUUCCCUGGCCCUCUCCUCUGACGCCCAGAUCUGUGUGGCUUGUUUCAGAGGAUUUGUGGAGAUCUGGGAUUUGCAAAACCAAAUCUUGAUCAGGAAACAUAAAGUCCCUGUGUACGGGUGCCGCUGUGUUGACAUCGCAGGCAAUAAGUUCUGGAUGGGAGGCGAAGACACCAUCCUGUACUCCUGGGACCUGCGGAGCUACCGAAGGCUGCACCAGUACAGCUUGCAGAAUGAGAUCCUUAGCAUCACCCAUGAUCCCACUGAGGAAUGGCUGUUAGUGGGCCUGAGGAACAGUGAUAUCAUAACCCUGCACACUCAUCGGAUGGAGAAGUUCAAGGUCCCCAUCCAAAGAUAUAGCGAAUUCCACAACCUUAAGUUUGCUUCCUGUGGGAGCUACUUUGUGACCGCGCUGGAUGCGUCGUUCCAAUGCUUAGCAGCACCUUCUCUGCGAAGGUUAUUCCAGGUAGAGGAGUCUGCAGAGAUCUUCUGUUGCGAUGUUUCCGCGGAUAACGAAUAUCUGGUCACAGGCUCCAAGAAUAGUGCCGCAGUUUACCAGCUCUUAUAUUGAAGGGCACCUGGCAUGGUCCUGCCAGUGAAGACCCAGAGAAGACCAGUGUGACCUUAACGUGCUGUACACCUUCAAUACCUGCCACCUCUUGGGCCCCUGCCCCAGGAGUUGGUCACCCGUACCUGCCCUCUAGGUUUUUAUUUUAUGACUUAGGGCUUUUGUUAUUUUUUUCUACCACUAUUUCUGGGAAACUCUGAGAUAUGACCUUUGUAAUUAUUAAAAUAGCAAAACAGAAAUCAAAA